AUGAAUACCAUGCUUGCAGGUAGAGAAAAGUACCCUUACCGAGUCCCUAUUCCUGAUUGCCCCCACAGCAUCAAGUCAGUGCAUUCCACUGAAUUCUGGGAUUGGAUCGUCAUUGACAGUUAUCUAGUAAACGUAAAGCUACUCUUGUUAUUGCAUAGAGAAGAUGAGGGCAUAAAGAAAUGCGUUUCAUUAAAAGCACUUCGAAUUUUAGACCACAGGGAUGUCGAGACAGCACUGGAGAUCCACCGAAAAGAGGUCCAGGAUUCCAUUCUAGACGAGAAAGUGAGCACUAUAUUAGUGCCCGCACUAGAAUUCAAGCACUAGUGGGCUAUCUCUUUUAAGCUACCCGGUAGGAUUGACAUUCUACCCAAAACGCAGCAGGCUAUUAAUAACUGAUCGACUUCUUCAGGCAGUUUUCAUCAUUGACAUGCACUGCCCUACGAAUGUCACUUUAAUCGCUGAUGGUGGUGAGCCGGAGCACACCAAUGGACGUGGAAGCAAGGCCAGAUUUAAGAACCCAGCUGGCGUGGUGGUGAGGGAGGAGAAGCUUUACGUUUGCGAUCAAGGGAAUAGUACCAUUAGAGUGGUAAAUAUAAGAUCGCUUUUCUUCCACGCUUCCAGGAUUGGCCAAGAAGAUCCAGACGCCGAGGAAAGCCAAAGUGAGGAAGAGGAUUUCGCCAUAAGACGAAUUCGCAAAGUGUCUGUGCACGAUCUUUCCCCUCUUUCAGAGGAAAAUGUACCUGAUUUGGAAUCGCCUUUUGCCAUA